ACUACGCAUCCAAUAUUCAGAGGCACAGCUAGAAUUGCCAAGCUCUUGAAGAAUGUGGCUACUCAAGUUGAUCAAUUUAGCGCUUCUAUGUUUCGGGUUGAUUUUAGAGAGUGAUAGUGCCAAAAUCUUAGGGAUAUUUUUUGUUCCUUCGAUUAGUCAUCAAAUCGCGUACAGGCCCAUAUGGAGAGAACUAUCCAUCAGAGGACACAAUGUGACCGUGAUAUCCCCCAAUAUCCUUAAUGAUUCUAGCUUGACGAACCUUACUGAAAUUGACGUAAGUUUCGCCUACGACAUACUAGGAAAAUUUGAUCUUCAGAAGAAUGCUGCUAAAGAAAAUUUUCUGGUCAAGAAUUUCAUAACUAUACACAAUAUGAUGUUUUCGGUUAUGCACGCGAUACUGGAAUACGGUGCAGUGCAAGAUCUGAUACAUUCUGAUGAGGAAUUUGACUUGAUCCUUGUGGAGAGUUUGCAUCCCCUCGUAUUUUCCUUCGGAGCGAGGUUCAAAGCACCUAUUAUUGCCGUAUCAUCAAUAGAAGUAUUCGUCUAUAUCUACGAUAUCUUUGCAAAUCCAACCCAUCCAAUAUCCAAUCCAGAUAUGAUGAUGUAUUUCGAAAGGGAGCCAUCUUUCAUUGAGAGAAUUCGAAGUUUGACACACAACGUUGUUUCCAGAUUAUGCUAUUACUGGUGGAUACUCCCACAGUCAGAUGUAUUAGCAAGGAUGUAUUUUGGAGAGGAUAUGCCUGAUCUUGAAAAAAUAAUAAGCAACACAUCGCUGCUACUCAUAAAUAGAAAUCCAAUCAUGCACAGUCCAAGGCCCAAUGUACCGACCAUCAUAGAAAUCGGGCAGAUGCAUAUCAGAGAAAAAAAGAAUCUCCCAGAGGACCUCCAGACCUAUCUUGAUUCAUCGGAGAAGGGAGUUGUGUACUUCAGUCUCGGAAGCAAUAUCAAGAGUGCGAAUUUGUCUGGAGGACUACAAGAAAUCAUCAAGCAAGCUCUGUCUGAGCUUCCUUUCGAUAUCAUCUGGAAAUGGGAGACAGAACAACUGCCAGGAAAGCCGGACAAUGUUCUAAUCAGAGAAUGGCUCCCACAGCAAGAUAUUCUAGGGCAUCCAAACGUCAAAGUGUUCGUUACACAAGGAGGUCUCCAAUCCCUUGAAGAAGCUGUAGUAAAUGGAGUUCCAAUGGUCGGUAUACCCUUUUGGAUGGAUCAGUUUAAUAAUGUCAAAAUCCUUGCCGAUAAAGAAAUGGGAAUCGGUCUGAACUACAACACAAUGACAAAGGAUGAACUGAGAAAGGCUAUCUUUGAAGUAGCAACAAAUUCGAAAUUCAAAAAACAGCUGGAAAAGGCAAAAAACAUUCUUUUGGAUCAACCAGUGACGGGUUUGAACAAAGCUAUUUGGUGGAUUGAAUACGUACUGCGCCAUAAGGAAACUACGCAUCUGCGCACUCCUUCUGCCGAUAUGUCCUUCUUCCAAUAUUUCAUGGUAGACGUGUUUGCGUUUUUGCUGCUGUCAAUAUGUAUUUUCGUUUAUUUGUUGAAAAUGGCUUUUAGGAUGAUUGUUGGAUCCAAAAACAACAAAAUCAAAACAAACUAGAAUAGAAAAUGACUUAUUUCGGAGUGAAAUUAUUCCAAAGUGAUAUCAAAAAGUUACCGUUUGUGCCUAAAAAUAAUAAGUUAGUAUCAAUAGUACCUACAUGUACAACCUCACACAACCCUUAAUACUAUUUGAAAAUCCUACAAAAAAUUGGGAAAACUAGUUCAACGAAAAUUCAAAAUGUACUCUUGAAAUCUUCGUCAUGUUCAUAGAAACAAUUUUCAAACUCAAUUCAUUCGAUAAAUAUUUUUCAUCCGAAAUAAUUAUAGAAUUAUAUAAUUCAGCAGUAUGAGUGAAAAAAGUUCAAUUUUUGCAUUUUUCAUUCAAUCGAUCCUACUGAUGUUAUUUAUUUCAAGUUACUAUUCUGAGUUGUUUUACGACAUACUCAUCCUGUUCUUCAUUAUACACACCGAAAAGGGUUGUUCUCACUUCCUAAAAAAUUAGUAGUACAAUUGUGGAUUUAUCAAUCACAAUAUUCAAUAAUUCAGUAAAUUCAUAAAAAGAAAUGUAUGUAUAUGAAUAUAAAUAUAGUCAAUAACAAUACAAUAUGAAUUGCAUCGUUAUCAUUACCAUGUCAUCAUUGAGUACCCUGAGUGGUGGAUGGAAAGCGCAACACAAUAACUUCUGUAAGUGAGGUGUAUCCAUCCUCACACAAAGGGUAAGAAAAGUGUAUACAAACUGUAAACU